UCAUCUCUCUCUCUCUCUCUCUCUCUCUCUCUCAAUUAAUGUGUCGAUGGCCCUUUAUGCAUUCCGCUACUGUUGUUUCAUCUUUCUGCUUUAUCUUAUGGCCAUUCGCGCCCACAAUAUUCCUUCAACUUUGGACGGACCGUUCAACCCCGUAACCGUACCGUAUGAUACCAGUUUACGCGGGAAAGCGGUUGAUAUUCCAGACACCGAUCCUAGGUUGCGCCGCCGUGUCAAAGGUUUCGAGCCCGAGCAAAUAUCAGUCUCACUAUCCACUAGUUAUGAUUCUGUUUGGAUCUCCUGGAUCACAGGGGAAUUCCAAAUUGGUGACAGAAUAAAGCCAUUAGACCCGAAAACAGUGUCCAGCAUUGUUCGUUACGGAAGGUUAAGAAAUUCAUUGAGUCAUGAAGCGACAGGAUAUUCUCUUGUUUAUAAUCAGCUUUAUCCAUUUGAAGGCCUCAAAAACUAUACUUCUGGAAUCAUCCACCACGUUCGACUUACAGGGUUGAAACCCAACACACAAUACUAUUAUCAAUGUGGAGAUCCUUCUAUAUCAGCCAUGAGUGAUAUAUACUAUUUCAGAACUAUGCCAGUUUCUGGUCCACAGAGUUAUCCAAAGAGAAUAGCAAUAGUUGGAGAUCUCGGUCUUACUUACAAUACAUCAACCACAAUCGGCCACUUGAUUAGUAAUGAACCUGAUCUUGUGCUAUUGGUUGGUGAUGUCACUUACGCAAACUUAUACCUCACAAAUGGAACUGGCUCUGACUGCUACUCUUGCUCAUUUUCACAAACUCCUAUACAUGAAACCUAUCAGCCGCGUUGGGAUUAUUGGGGAAGGUUUAUGCAGAAUUUAGUCUCUAAAAUUCCAAUAAUGGUUGUUGAAGGGAACCAUGAGAUAGAAGAACAAGCUGGAAACAAGACAUUUGCAGCUUACAGUUCUAGGUUUGCCUUUCCAUCUGAAGAGAGUGGAUCUUCAUCCUCAUUCUACUACUCUUUCAAUGCUGGGGGGAUUCAUUUUAUCAUGCUCGGAGCCUACAUUGCGUAUAAUAAAUCCAGUGAUCAAUUCAAAUGGCUAGAGAGAGACUUGGCAAAUUUUGACAGAUCUAUAACUCCAUGGCUGGUAGCUGCUUGGCAUCCACCUUGGUACAGUUCUUAUGUAGCUCAUUACAGAGAAGCAGAGUGUAUGAGAGUGGAGAUGGAAGAAUUACUUUACUCCUAUGGUGUUGACAUUGUUUUCAAUGGACAUGUUCAUGCUUAUGAGAGGUCAAAUAGAGUUUAUAAUUAUACAUUAGAUUCUUGUGGUCCUGUAUAUAUCACGGUUGGUGAUGGUGGUAAUCGUGAAAAGAUGGCUAUUAAACAUGCUGAUGAACCUGGUAAGUGUCCAGAGCCAUUAACCACUCCUGAUACGUAUAUGGGUGGCUUCUGUGCAACAAACUUUUCACAUGGUCCGGCGGUGGGUAAUUUCUGUUGGGAUCGGCAACCUGACUACAGUGCCUUCAGAGAAAGUAGUUUUGGGCAUGGGAUUCUAGAGGUAAAGAAUGAGACGUGGGCACUGUGGACAUGGUACCGGAAUCAGGACUCCCACAAUAAAAUUGGGGAUCAAAUUUACAUUGUGAGGCAACUCGAUAGGUGCCCUGUUCAUUACACCCGACAGAAACUAAUUGCAUCUAGCUAAACUCAAUUCCUAGUAAACUCUCUAUGGUCUUUUCCUUUCAAGGGAGCAUUACAAUCACCUCUGAUGAAAUUUUUAACCAAUGUGACCGAUGGAGGAAUCAAUAAUUAUAGAUCAUAAAAUUUUUCCAAUGGAGCAUUUCCUCAUAACGUUUGGUGAAGCUGAAAGAGUUGUCAACAGACAUUUCUGAUACAGACGUGUAAAAUUUCAUGGCAGUACGAUAUGAAGAGUUGAAGAAGAGAAGGAAGAGACAGAAUGUGUAUACUCUCGGCAUUAAUGAGGUAUUAUUACACACUAUUAUUGAUUUCAUAACCUCAUAACUUGAUGCUUUUUCUGUGCAGCAAAAUCAUUUCUAACUUCAGGCCUCCUUUUCCUGAAGAAGAAAUAAAUUAAUUUAGUUGCCGCUAGAGCAUCCGCCUGUCUUUCUAGCAAUUGGUUUUGUGUAAUUGAGUGUUUUCUUUUCCAACAAAAAUAACCAAUAAUCACUUGUAACAACAUUCUUCUAUCAUUUUUUUUUAAACAUUAAUUUGGUAUUAGUUGUGUGUUUGGUGUUUCUAUUUUGGCCAACAGCUUCAUCCAUAUUGGUUUUAAAUUUUAAUGUUGGAUGGAAUAAACAUGAGUUGU